GGGGUACAGACCAAUCUUAGUUUGUUUAUGGUUGCCAAAUGAAUUUUAGUGUGACUUCCUUCGGCUUCGCCAAAUUGAAUAUUAUUUUGUGCUUUCAUCUUCACUUAUUUUAAACUUUAAAAUAAAAUCGGUAUAGGAGUGCAACACGUUAUGAUUGUCUGAAGCAUAGUUUCCGAUGGACGCAAUGGAUGUGUAUCCAGAAGAUACGAAGUCAUCAGAGUCUGAGUGACUGUAGUCGGCAGUGAUGACAAGUCACAGAGGCAAGGCGGAGUCUGCUGCCAGAUCCGCCCCCUUUGGCACAGACGUACAGCCCAAGCGAAACAUCAGAAUCAUCGGAGGGAAGCAGAUUGAGAUAGCAGUGGACUCUCCUCCAAGCAGUGCCAGUAAUUCUCAGAGAAGCCUUCCCCCUCUCCAACAGGGACCAAAUGGCACCCCUCCCAUGGAAGUCCAACCACCCUACCAGGAAUACAAUAACAACAAACACCAAGUGGAAUAUUCCGAAAAGCGGGAGCGGAUAACCCAUUCACAGACAGCUCCUGCCGACAAAAGCAACUCACACAUCCAUGUCACAAGAGGGCGCUUCAACAGUUUACCCGGAUCACACACGGUCCUACCCCCCAUCCCGAGCCCCAAUUCCCUCUCGCCCACAACUCGGCACUCCUGGCACCAGCGGAAGUCUUCCCCCACCUCGUCCCCCUCCCUGUCCCCCUCCCCGUCCCCCACCUUUCAGCUGGGUCACCCCGAGGUCAGCCUCACGGAACAGCUCCAGGACCUCCUGAGGGACUACGACCCUUACAAGUUUCAAGACAUGUACAAGGAUUUAGCCGAGUAUGAUCGCAAGCUGUGCGGUUACGUCAGCCAGCCCCAGGCCAACAUGAUCGCGCUGAAGCACCACCUUCCCCUACCCACUAACACCAUGAGGCUUCUGUUCUCAAGCUUCGGGAAAGACGACAACCCUGAUUUGGUGAACUACGAGAGGCUGAUACAGUACUUGGCCCGGGCCCAGCUGGGCACUGCGGAGGCUGAGACGCUGCUACAGGAAUCUGUGAACAGAUUUGUAAAUGCUCCUGACCUGCCACCGGCCGAUGAAGUUGACCUGGACCAACAGAUUGCCAAAUACGAGACCGAUAAGAAGAACACACACAAGCAGAAACAUCAGCACCAUCACGACCAGAGGAAAAAACACCGUGAAUCGAAUGAAUAUCUCUUAGAGAAACUCAGUCAGCAGUUUGGCGGGCAGGAACAGACUCAGAGUACGGGAGUGGAGAAUGGACCAGCAGAUCUUGCAAAGACACCGCAGCAAGUCUUCUCGGACAGACAAGACGCCAAACUGCUCAUGCUUGUUGAGCAGCAGUAUGUGCAGGGCAACCAGGAACCGACGGAUCUGCAUGCCAUGAAGAAAGACUUUGUAGAGAGGGACACCAAGGGGCAAGGGGUGCUGACUAUGGAAAAGGUUCAAGAAGUGUGCUUCAAGCAUAGAAUCCCUGUGCAGGGAUCGUUGAUGGCAAAAGUACUCAACAAAUGCCGCACGGGUGACAACCAGUACAGUUGGCCAUCAUUCCUAGAAUUUCUGGGUCGGGUCAAACCCUUGGCCGCCCAGGGGCUGGAGCCUGCGGCAAACCCAGACGCCGGUCGCCCUAACACCUGGCCCAAGCAGAGAGAUGAUGGAUUCCCCAAGACGAACCACAAGGCAGGGUCACCGGGCCUACCCCAGGAACCGGGGCCACCUCCGUGGGAAACCAGGAAACCGCUAGGGAGGCUGGGUGUCCGUUCCCCGACUGCCGUGGAACGGGAGAUAACAUUUUACGACUCGCCGUCACCAACUCACUCCCCCCCGACAAAUCUCCAAGCCCCACCCCCGGGCCACCACCAGGCGAGCGGCAUCAACGACAUGCAGAGGGCCGAGCUGGCCGUGAUGGCCCGGGAGCACAAGGUCAAGAGGUCGGUGCCAAAGCCGGCUGCGAAGACUAGAGACGAUGACGAGCCGUGGUUCGUCCGAUUCAAGCACCUGGCUCGCGGCUUGUACAACCUUGACAGCACCAAUACCGGCUAUCUGAGCAAGGAGGAGACCCGGGGUCUCGUCAACAACUACAACCUGAUCUACCGACUGGGAUGGGAACAGCCUCACAUUGACAAAUGCAUUAAUGGCUGUUGCCUUUCCCAGGGGAGGGUGUCAGUUGAGCAUUUGUUGGAAGCACUCACACUGAAAGUCACAUAAAUGCUGAUGGACCAGCUGGUAAAGGAACAGCCUCCGGCAUGUACUAGGUAAAGGAGAAAGGCUCCUGAAUCUGACAUCGGACUCUGACAACAUUUAAUUCAAAGCUCCCAGUUGGAAAAGGAAUAGCUAAAAGAUUCAACGCGCCUUGCAGCAGCUGUUUCUAUUCCAGAGGGACUGCCACAUCUGCAUGCAUUAACUUCAGAUUCCAGGUAAGUAAAAUAAACCAGCUAGAUUUUGAACUGCCUGGAAUUUCUCCAACACUGGCUAUUCCAGAUCCAGUGGGCAGGAAUUGAUCAGAAUCAGGAUGACAAUGAAUUUCGUGUAUAUAAAAAGUACAAGUAGGCUUUCAAACUGAAUAAUUUGUAUAUAAGUACACAGAAAGAGGAAUUUCGUUUUCAUUAUCUGAAAUUUGUUUGCUCCGUCCAUAAUGUGCGUGCAUCAUUUUCUAUCAGGUUUAUCUUUUGUAGUUUGUGUAAUCAAGAAAUAAUUGAAUAGAUGUCCAGUGUUUUGUGACAGAUUUUGAAGUGCAGUAAUGUGUGCAUUAUCCAAUGAUCUGCAUUGUAUGCGCCCAUUUAGUUGCAUUCACGCCCGCGUAAUGAUGUACAAUGCUCACAAUAGUACCAUAUGGGAACGGCAGUUCCAUGAAUGCCGUUCAAAUGAGUGUCUAUAUUUGAGUAAUUUUUGUCUGUCCAUUAUACAGAAUCAUCUGGGUUUUUUCUGCAAAUGUGUAAACAGUAUGUACAGUGUAGAUGGGAAUUGUUUGUCCGUCCAGGUUUCAAAGCAAUUUAAGAUGUUUUUUCCAGCAACCUUUUGAUGAAGUACUGUUUGAUACAAAGCAGCAAAUAUUAAGAUGAGUUAGAGGUUUUCCUCAUUUACAAUCUGAGUACAUGUUUUGUUUGAAUUUUAGUGCCAGGAUUCAGAACAGUGCACACUGAACGUUGGUUAUCAUAAUGCCAUUUGUUUGCUUUUCUGUGAUCUGAUACACCGUGCCCUCUGGAGACGUGCACACAAUAGGGAACAAAAGAUUGUAUACGUCUCCACAGGGCAAUUUCUAUAGAUGAAUACGUCUCCACAAGG